AUGAAGCCCUUCAAGCCGCCGUCGUUCAAAGCGCCAGCCUUCGUUGGCAGCAAACCUCGAGAACUAGCAGCCAGCGAACCCCGAGAACCAGCCAGCGAGCCUCCAGCAAAGCGACGUCGAAUCAGCGAAAGAGAUGAUGUCGACGGAAGGGAUCUCAGCUUCGACGUGACACGGUCAGCCACCAACGGGACUCUGCUUGUGAAGACAGCACUCCCGCCAUCCAGUGGAGCGGCCAAGAAAUUUGUUGCACCGGCUCCAAGGAAGCCUCUCGACCCUGUGCGAAACCCCAGCAGCUCUGGAGGGAGUGAGGCCGAGAAAGUCACUCAAAGCUACUACAACGUCCUCUGGCGAAAGUUUACCACCAAGAAGAAUAAGACAUGGGAUGGCGAUGGAGUACUCUCGGUGAAGGGCACUUAUGCAACGCUUCAGGACAUUUCCGGAAAGGAGCUUGGUCGUGGCGUGUGCAAAGGACCACUUCUCAUCGGAUCUGAACUGUCAAUCGGCGGCAAAGAAAUCGAGGUCGACACGAUGAUCUCACGGGAAGACUACCUCGCUGGAAGGCCGUUCCUCGGCAGUAAGAAGGUUGAGAAGGCGCCUUUGCUCAAGGAUAUUGACGGGACGAAGAAAGUCACCAACAAAGCUCAAGCCCGGCAGGAGAAGAUCGCUGCACAUCAGAAGGAUCCUACAACAAAAGUGCAAGCUUUGAGCAAGACUUCAAACAACGCAUUCAAGACGCCAGUCAUAAACAGCAAUGUGCAACACCAGGAGCGGAAUGCAAAGGAAGCUGUCCCACGACACAAGGUGGAUGGUGAGAAUGCACUGGUGAUGAAGCGGCCGAAGAGUGUGCCGAAAGGCAGGCAGAUGGUUGACGUAGUGGUCGACCCAAUCCUCACUAGAGCGUUGCGAGAGCAUCAGCGAGUGGGAGUCUCCUUCCUGUACGAGUGCGUCAUGGGCAUGAAAGACUUUGAUGGUGAAGGUGCAAUUCUGGCCGAUGAGAUGGGGUUGGGCAAGACAUUACAGACCAUCGCACUUCUGUGGACUCUGCUCAAACAGGAUCCAGCUCAGAAUCCCGCCCAGCCAGGAAUUGGUCUCAUCAAGAAAGCUCUCAUCGUCUGCCCAGUCACUGUGAUCAAGAACUGGAAGAAGGAAAUCUACAAGUGGCUGGGCAAAACUGGUAUCUCCGUCUUCGUCGCAGACAAUCACAAUCGGAUCACCGACUUCACCAAAGGAAAGUGCUACAACAUCAUGAUCAUUGGGUACGAAAAGCUCGUCAAGGUCCAAAAGCAGCUCCAAGAAGCCAAGAUUGAUAUUGUCAUCGCGGACGAAGGUCAUCGUCUGAAGACGGCGGCCAACAAGGCUGCUCAAGCGAUCAAAUCGCUCAACACUGACAAGCGGAUCAUUCUCAGUGGCACGCCAAUUCAGAAUGACCUCUCAGAGUUCUUCAUGAUGGUCGACCUUGUCAAUCCUAGUGUCUUGGGCAAGUACACAACCUUCAAGCGAGAAUUUGAGGGUCCGAUCGUGGCUUCCAGACAACCCGGUGCAACCGCAGCGGCUCUGGAGAAGGGAGAGGCUCGCAGUGAGGAGCUGGCCAACAUCACAAACAUGUUCAUUUUGCGGCGAACCUCUGAGAUCCUGUCGAAGUAUCUGCCUCCCAAGACGGAGUAUGUUGUGUUCUGCAAGCCCACCAAGGUCCAAAAGCAGAUCUACAGAGCGGUGAUCGAGGCUCCUGUCUUCGUGGCUGCGAUGAACACACCGACGGAGGUCUUGAGGCUGAUUACCAUGCUGAAGAAAGUCUGCAAUGCUCCGAAAUUGCUCAUCAAGAAGGACGAGAAAGGGAAUGAAGAGAGGGUUGCUGACCUGAUCGAGCACAUCCCUCAAUCUCUCCUGAAAGCACCUCAUGCGAGUGGAAAACUGGCCGUCCUGGACGACCUCCUAUUCCAGAUCGACACCAAGACCGAUGAAAAGGUCGUCCUUGUCAGCAACUACACUUCGACCCUCGACGUGCUCCAAGACUUCAUCGGACUUCUCGGCUACAGCUGGCUCCGCCUCGACGGCUCAACACCAGUCGCCAAGCGUCAAGAUCUGGUCGACACCUUCAACCGUUCGCCCAAGACCAAGUCCUUUGUCUUCCUCCUCUCAGCCAAAGCUGGCGGCGUCGGCAUCAACCUCAUCGGGGCGUCUCGACUCAUCCUCUACGACUUGGACUGGAAUCCUGCGACCGAUCUGCAAGCCAUGGCCCGCGUGCAUCGAGAUGGACAAAAGCGACCCUGCCACAUCUACCGCUUACUGACGCAAGGUGCUCUCGACGAGAAGAUCUUCCAGCGUCAGAUCAGCAAGACCGGGCUGGCGGAGAGUAUCGUAGACGGCAAGUCCGCCGCCAGCGGCUUCAGUCAAGCAGAACUCCGCGACCUCUUCAAGCUGGACGAGAGCGAUGAUUGCCAGACUCACAAGUUGCUGGGUUGCAGCUGUGGCGGCAAUGGCCUUCCCGUUGUUGGAGAUGAUACCGAGACCUCAUCGGAGCGCAACGACCUCGCUUCUCUAAGCGACAGACCCGAGAUCGAGGUCGUACAUCUCGAAGACAGCGACGAAGUUCCUGCCGCUACGACGAGACGCUGGCAAACCCUUGGCAGCGUGGACGUCGAUGCAAGAGAGGCUGAGAUCGAGCGGAAAGGAAAAGAGAGUCGCGACUCGGCUGGUAAUGCGAAGAUGCUGAGUCUGAUGCGGUACACGCAUUUCGAUACGGCGUUGAUCGGCGGAGGAGCCGGCAAGGUUGAUGAGGAAGAGGGCGACAUCUCGGAGCUGGACGUCGUGGACGUUGCCAUCGAAGACAAGGCGCUGCAGGAGGUGUUGAAAAAGGAAGGGAGGAGAGUGGGAUUCGUGCUGGUCAAGAGAGGGCAUGAGAAUGAUGUUGCCGAAGACAAGGAGGUGGAGGUUGUUUGA